GUGGGUCUCCCUAAAAUAUGGAAAUGUUUAGCAAAAUUACUCACCUCCUCCGAAUGAAAUAAUAUUACUAAAUUAAGUAAUUCUGCACGUGCCAUAUACAUGACGGCCGGAAAAAAAAAAAAAAACAAAAAAGAGAGAAUCGUUUCCUGGCAGUAGUAAAAGGGGGUGAUUUUAGUAAGUUCACUUUGUAUACCUUCUAAUCAAACUUGGAACAGUUUUUCAUAGACACAAAUACCAAACCAAACCAAGCCAUCUUCCCCGGCCAGGCCAGCCCUGACCAGACCGUAAGUUAACUAACGAACCUUCACACAAUUUAAGUUCUGCCACGUCAAAACCUCUCGUGAAAUGCCACGUAAUUCGUUGUGGAUCCCUCAUGUCUUUUCUCUGUAACAUAAAUAUAUAUUACUCAUCGACCAAAAAACCUCCCAUUCGCAUGACCCAAACCCUCUUUGCUUUCACCUCUCUGUAUUUUCUCUCUUCCCUUUCUCGAGAUCAACACAACCCCGAUAUCUCGCCCUUCAGGUAACCCCAUAGCAUUCUUAAACCCCCCAUAUUUCGGAGCUACUGGUUAGGUAAGUCGACACUUAUAAAGAAAGAAUUACUGUUUCUAUAUAACUUAUUAAGCAGUGAUGCCGAUGGCGGCUGGGCCAGCGACGCCGACGGAUCGAGCAGCACCGGCGGGGCCCACGGUGGUACCGAUACAAGCUCCGCCAAUGAUGAUUUCUGAUGCUUUCGCGAAAGACGCGAUUCUCGCCUGGUUUCGUGGGGAAUUCGCUGCUGCCAACGCGAUUAUCGAUGCGCUCUGCAGUCACCUUGCGCAGCUCAAUGGAGGUGGUGCCGGUGGAGGAUCGGAGUACGAGGCGGUGUUUGCUGCUAUUCAUCGGAGGAGGUUGAAUUGGAUCCCGGUGCUUCAGAUGCAGAAAUAUCAUUCGAUUGCGGACGUGGCGGUGGAGCUAAGGAAAGUGGCGGAGAAUAAGAGAAGUACUAAUGACUGUGAAAUGAUGAAGAUUGAUACUAGUAGUACUGAUAAAGUAGUGCUGAAAGAGGUCUGUUUGGACGAUGAGAAAAAAGAAAAAGUUGGCGACAGAAUUACGGAUUGUCUGGGAAAUGGCACUGUUGAACAUGACGGCGGUGACGAAGAGGAGGAUUCACCCGUCAGUGAUAUUACUGAUUCAGGAUCUCAAGAAGUACAGUCCCCUGGUGAGAGCACUGACAUAUGUUCCAACCAUGAAGACUGCAAUUUGAGACCUGAUCAAAUCAAGUUGACAAAAGGUUUCAAUGCCAAGGAACAAGUGAAAGGGCACAUGGUAAAUGUUGUGAAAGGUUUAAAGUUAUAUGAGGACGUGUUCACAGAUUCUGAGCUGUCCAAGUUGACUGACUUCGUUAAUGAACUUCGAGUGGCUGGUCAGAAUGGGGAACUUGAAGGUGAAACUUUUAUUUUAUUCAACAAGCAGAUGAAGGGAAACAAGAGAGAGCUUAUUCAGCUUGGCAUUCCCAUUUUUGGACAUAUAAAAGAGGAAGCUUCAAGCAAGAAGCAAACAACAGGCAGUAUAGAACCAAUUCCAGCGCUUCUCCAACAUGUCAUCGAUCACCUGAUUCAGUGGCAGCUAAUACCAGAAUAUAAAAAACCAAAUGGCUGCAUCAUUCAUUUCUUUGAUGAGGAAGAAUAUUCACAGCCUUUUCAGAAGCCACCCCAUUUGGAACAACCAAUCUCUACUCUUCUCCUAUCUGAAUCAACAAUGGCUUUUGGACGUACUCUUGUGAGUGACAAUGAUGGGAAUUAUAGAGGUCCACUCAUGCUUUCAUUGAAAGAAGGGUCUCUUUUAGUCAUGAGGGGAAAUAGUUCUGACAUGGCAAGGCACGUCAUGUGUCCAUCUCCAAACAAAAGGGUCAGCAUCACAUUCUUCAAAGUGCGCCCUGAUGCCUACCAAGGCCAGUCACCACCAACUAGUCCCAUGGCUGGUGCCAUGACCUUAUGGCAACCUGGAGUGCCAAGCCCAUAUGCUAUGCCUAAUGGAGCUAUUGGGGGAUACGAGGCAGUAGAUACAAUGACCAAAUGGGGAGUCCUUCGUACCCCAGUAGUCAUGUUAGCUCCAAUGCGCCCUAUGGUGUUGAGUCCAAAAAGGAUGCCUCGUGGUGGCACUGGAGUUUUCUUGCCCUGGACUGUAGGAUCAAGAAAGCCUGCAAAGCAUCUUCCUCCACGUGCUCAGAAAGGACGCCUUCUCGCAUUGCCUUCCAUUGAAAAUCAUGCAGCAGAUUCUUCUGAAAUAAGUGUAGGUACGGAAGGAAAGUCAGCGUGAUCUUACCCUGAGGCAGUCAUGAGGCCAAAGGCAAUACGAGUCAACAAUAUAGGUAAAACUCAUGAGCACUUCUUGCUCAUUGUACAAAGUAGGCCUAUGUGCUGCCAAAGAAAAAGUUUGUUUUUCCAAUUCAUUUCUUUCUUUUUCAUUCUCGGUAAAAUUAGAUUCUAAUUUCAGUCAGUACACAUUUCUGUGGUAUCAAUCAUGUAGGGCUUUAGCCUUUAGGGAUAGUUGAGCUUUAAGUCUGAAGAGUGUGAAUUAGCUCUUUUGUAGACGGCAGAAUUUUGUAUUGAUUAAAGUAAUUUAUAUUUGAUAUUUUCCAUAGACAAA